GCAAAUGUUCUCGCCCCUUUACAUUCGUGAAGUACUGCAGUAUUCCGUGCAGAAAACCGGCUUUGCUGCCGCUCUUCCGGUUUUAUUUCAGUGCCUUGUAAAGGUCGUUGCCGGCUACAGUAGCGACCAAAUACGAAGCAUAUCGGAAACGACAAAGCUUCGCAUCUACAACAGCGUUUCAUUAGGAGCAAGUGCCUUGGCUUUCUGUGCAUUGGCUUUUGUCAAAAAAGGAGAGUCUAUUUGUGGGAUUGUGCUCAUCACACUUGCCACCGCAAUGUUCGGUCUUAUUGGUGCAGGUUUCGUAAAG